AUUAGUGAGUAGUCCAAGUUUACGGUUGUAACUAACCCUUGAAAAAUGAAGAAGAAAAAAAAAGUACUGUUUACAAUAUCUUUACUUUUUUAUUUAAUUUUUUUUGAAAUGGGAGCAAUCUUUACUUCAAAAGAGUAAACUAUUAAGGAAUCAUUUAGAGCAAUAAAAUAAAUAUAAAAAAACACAGAAACCAAGAUAAGUCAGUCAGGGGCUCUAAAAAAAUUAUUAAUUGAUUAAAUAUAAUAUUUGAUGAUUAAACAAUCAGAACCCUUGAUCAUGGGGUUCAUCUUCAUCUGAUUCCUUAUUAUUAGCAGUUGUAGUUGCACCAACGGAACGUACCCCCCCUUACCCUAACAAAUAUAAUAUCAUUAAACAACUCUUCACAUAUAUAUAAUACAACAAAAAUAAUAUAUAUUAUUAUAAAAAUCACUGCACCACCUUCUUCAUCUUCCUUUAAAUCCCAAUACCCACACCCAGUUGAGUUGCACUUUGCAUUAUUCCCUCACAGCUAUACACAUCCUCCAGAGAGAGUCAUAGCCUCAUAUUAUAGCUUAAUAUAUAUAUAUACAAGUCAAGUAGAAAAACGACACAAAAAUUAGAAAAACGACAUUAGUUAGUGUGUUUGUUGUUCUGGUUGUUCUUCUUUUUUCCUUUUCUCUCAUAUAAUUCGUAUUCGAUAUGGAUUCAACAAAAUCCAAGUCUAACAAAAUCAGAGACAUUGUUAGGCUUCAACAGAUCCUAAAAAAGUGGAAAAAGAUGGCCAAUGCUUCAAAAAACUCAAAUACUACUACUAAUUCUUCUACAAAUACUGCUUCUUCUACAACUAAUACGAGUGCUGCAACCAUUACUACUGCCACGUCAGCUGGGGGAAGCGGCGGAAAAAGCAUUAAGCUGUUGAUGAAGAGAACGCUGUCGUUUCAAGACGUUUCUAUGGCUUCAUCGAACGACGUCGUUCCGAAAGGGUUUCUUGCGGUUUGCGUUGGGAAAGAGAUGAAGAGAUUUAUAAUUCCAACAGAGUAUCUGAGCCACCAGGCGUUUGGGAUUCUUCUAAGGGAAGCGGAAGAAGAGUUUGGUUUCCAGCAAGAGGGAGUGUUGAAGAUUCCCUGCCACGUGUCCAUCUUCGAGAAGAUUCUUAAGCUUGUUGAGGAGAAAAGAGAGGUCUUUUUGUUUAACACUAAUAACGGUAACGAUCAGUCCUUUGGAUUGAUUACUGGGGACAAGGAUUUCAUCAACGGCUCUUGUUCUUCCUCUUCUGACUGUGAGCUUACUCCACGUCACCCACAAAUGUGUAGAUGAUGAUCAUGAUUAAUGAUAAUUAAUAUUGAUACUAUUAAUCUCUCCUUAAUUUUUCUAAUUAGUAGUGAUUAAUUUUAUUAAUAUUUUCUUCUACUCUGGAGAGAGAUUUGAAUUUGAUCCAUAUAUUCUCAUAUAUAAUGAUAUAAAGUUAUGAUGUGAGAAUGAGUAAAGAGUAUUAUAGGAUGAAAUUAAGGAAAGGAAGAUUUUAGACUUUUGAUAUUUCAUAUGUAUCAUUAAUAAUAUUAAUAAAGGUAGAUUUAUAUUACGAAAAUAAAUCAUAUUUUUAUCAAUGUAUUAGUGCACAAAUGUAUGAUCAUCCAAGCUGUACUAUCUUGUAUACCUAUUAUCUACCCCUUCUUAUAUAUAAAAUGUAUCUUUUUUAUUUAAAAAAAAUGGUCGUCUCGUAAUAAAUAAUAGAGGAAUUAUUUUAUGUACUAUUUUUUUAAUUUUUUUUUUUAAAUUUUUGAUUUGGUUUUAUCUUGUUGUUUCUAUGUGUGUUGUUAUAUGAU